AUGUGGAAAUUCAUGGAGGCCAAUCCCGAGGCUUUGGCACCCACUGUGAAGGCAGGAGUGGAGAAGGUGAUCAAUUCAAACAAAGACUACGCCUUCAUCCUCGAGUCCACGAUGAAUGAGUACUUCAAUCAACGUAGACCCUGUACCACCGUCAAGGUGAGCCACAACCUAGUCAUCGACUAUUCAACUGCACUUCAGUAA